GAGAAGCUUUUAUAAUCCACCUCUUCUGGGAGGGACCUUCCAAGCUUUUCAACUACGAACCAAUCAGACCCGGUUUCCUUUCCAGUUGUGGCUGCUGCAGGGAAAGAGCUAACAGGGAAGUCUCUGAAGCUCAACAUCAACUCUGCAAGGACGAAAGCAGAGAGCAAUGCCUACAGGACAAGGGAAGGAUGCCCAACCAGAGGGCCGCCCAGAGCUGGGCGAAGUGGACGGGAUUCCCCUGGCAAAGGCUACUUGUCAGGAAUGGGGCCGGAUCCAGAACUUCCAGGCAAAGCCAGAUGACCUGCUCAUUUGUACAUAUCCCAAAGCAGGUACCACCUGGAUACAAGAGAUAGUGGAUAUGAUCCAACAAGAAGGUGACCUGGAGAAAUGCCAGCGGGCCCCUGUGCAUCAUCGCCACCCAUUCAUUGAGUGGGCACGGCCACCCCAGCCCUCAGGGGUUGAUCAAGCAAACGCGAUGCCUUCUCCACGGACUCUGAAAACCCAUCUCCCCGUGCAGUUGCUCCCUCGGUCCUUUUGGGAGCAGAACUGCAAGUUCCUUUACGUGGCAAGGAAUGCCAAGGACUGCAUGGUGUCCUAUUUCCAUUUCCAAAGGAUGAGCAAGGUGGUACCUGCCCCCGGAACAUGGCAGGAAUAUUUUGAGACUUUCAUGGCAGGCAAAGUGGGCUGGGGCCCGUGGUACGAUCACGUGAAAGGCUGGUGGAAGGCAAAAGACACGCACCGUGUGCUCUACCUCUUCUAUGAAGACAUAAAAAAGGACCCAAAGCGUGAGAUCCAGAAGGUGAUGCAAUUCAUAGGGAAGCAACUGGAUGAGGCGACGGUGGACAAGAUUGUCCGCCAUACUUCCUUCGAAGUCAUGAAGGACAACCCCAUGGCUAACCGGGCUGGUGUGCCCCUCUCGGUCAUGGACCUGUCCAUUUCCCCAUUCAUGAGGAAAGGGACAGUUGGGGACUGGAAGAAUCACUUCACGGUGGCUCAGAAUGAGUGGUUCAAUGAAGACUACCAAAGAAAGAUGGCUGAUACUACCCUGACAUUCACCAUGGAGCUCUGAGAGCCAAAAGUCCAAUGUCAGAAUCCCUUAAGAGGAUUCCCUGAAAAGCGAAGGCUCACCUCAGCCAAUGUCCUCAGGGGGUUUGCCUUUUCCAGCAGCACUAAUAAAGAAAAAGUGUUUUAUAAUUUCA